AUGAGUGACGCCUACCUGACCAAGGAGCAUCUGGCUGGAUUCGAUAAUUACAAGUACAAUGCUAAGGACACUUCGCCACUCAGUAUUUAUGUUAUGCAUCCUUUUUGGAAUUGGCUCGUAGAGUACUUUCCAAAAUGGAUUGCACCGAACCUGAUGACGUUUGCCGGCUUCCUGUUCACUGUAGCAAACUUUGUAAUGCUUUCGUGGUACGAUUGGGGGUUCUGGGCGAGCACGGAGUUGGAAAACACGACACCGGUCCCUAACUGGUUCUGGGCACUGGCCGCUGUAAACAUAUUUCUUGCCUACACGCUGGACGGUAUCGAUGGUAAGCAGGCACGAAGGAUUAAGCUGUCCGGUCCGCUUGGCGAGUUGUUCGAUCAUGGACUCGAUUCGUACUCGGCGUUCUUCAUUCCGGCCUGUCUAUACAGUAUAUUUGGACGUGGUCCCACGUCGGUGCCACCGAUACGCAUGUACUACAUCAUGUGGACGAUAUUCUUCAGCUUUUAUCUAUCACACUGGGAAAAGUACAAUACAGGCGUGCUGUACCUACCCUGGGGAUACGAUCUGGGCAUGUGGGGUUCCGUCUUGAUGUACCUAGCCACGUGGAUGUUCGGCUAUCAGCUGUGGAAAGUGGCACUGCCGUGGGGUCUUUCGGCUGGGCAGCUGAUGGAACUCUGCCUUCACAUUAGCGCCAUGUCCAAUUUACCGAUGGUGGUGUACAAUAUGUACCGAUCGUAUAAAGAUCGUACCGGAAAAAUGCGUACGAUGAAAGAAGCGAUGCGUCCACUCUUUACGUACGGUAGCUUCAUGUUCGUCUGUUUGCUAUGGGUGUUUGUGUCGCCGAGCGAUAUUAUGAAUCGUGAUCCACGAGCCGUCUACAUUAUGACGGGUACAAUUUUUAGUAACAUUAGUUGCCGGUUAAUUGUAUCACAAAUGUCCAACACGACAGCAGAAACGUUCAACUGGAUGACGGGCGUUUUAUGUGGGGCCGUUGUCAUGAGUCUUACCAUGCCAUUGCUCGAACGACCGAUACUGUAUUUGCUGGUGAUCGGUUCUUCCGUGGGUCAUUGGCACUAUGGAUCCGGUGUGGUCCAACAAAUGUGUACACACUUCAAUCGACGCUGCUUUAUGGUAACAAAACCGGAAGAAUCCAAAGAAUAG